AUGAAAAAGUACGCUGCUAUCAAGGGUCAUGGAAUACGAAUUGGCGGCGCAAAUUCUAAUUGGACAGCAUUUACAGAAAAUUGGUGUUUAAAUGCAUCAUCGUGUAGAGUUGAGUGCUCAUGGAAAGUAAAUAUUUGGAACAAAAAAAGCAAAGGCCACUUGGAAGUUACGACUUUGCAUGAUCAGUAUAUUGGUCAUGAAUUUCAUUCAUUAGCAGUUCGAUUUGUUCUAUUAUUACGCAAAUUACCAGAGAAAGCACAGUCCACUUCUCGUAAUGAAGGCAAAAAUUCAACGUUAAAGCAGCUUUUCAGAAGUGCAAACCUUCAUUAUGUGAAUUAUUUAACGCAAUGGAGGAAAGAUACCAAGAAGAAAGUGACUAUUGCGAUACAACAAUUAAAGGAAUUUGUAAUGCCAAAUAUUAUGAAAAAACAAAAAGAACAAAUGAAUCUAAGCCUUUAUUAUCAUGCUACGGAGGUUGAGCCUGAAGUUGUAUUCUUUAAAGAGAAGGUAUUUGAUGAAUCUGACUAG